AUUCAUUGCCAGUGACGUCAUAACAUGGCUGUCUACAUUUUUCGGAGGAGGAUGUGAGAUAGAUAUAUUUUGAAAAUUUUAACUUUACGGAGAUUCCCUGUGUUUUAUAAUCAAGUAUAUGCUAAGAAGGUUGACUAUACAGAUAUAAAAGUUGAUUUGUUCAAACAGUAAUCAUGGCAAGUUAUGGUAGAGGUUCGUUUGAUCAGUUUUCAUCCUACCAAGACAGUGGGUCAUCAGGAGGAGAUGACAGUACAAAGCUGGCACAGUCUGUGGGCAACAAUAUACAGAAAAUUUCUCAAAAUGUGAAACAGUUGGAGAAGCUGGUUCAGCAGAUUGGAACUCCUCAGGACUCGGAGGAAGUCAGAGAUAGAGUUCACCAGGUUGUACAUUCCACAAACACAAUAGCCAAAGAUACUAACAAAGACAUGCAGACCCUGGCCCAUCUUCCAGCACCACUAAACACACAGCAAGCGCGACAGUUUAAGAUGCAGAAAGAACGUCUAACAGAGCAGUUUAGUGACGUUUUGAAGAAUUUCCAGACUGUUCAAAGAACAGCAGCGGAGAAAGAACGAGCGAGCAUUUCUCGAGCACGAGCUGCUUCAAGCUCCAACUAUAAACAGCGGCAGGGUCCUUUAAUAGAUUUUUCGUCUGGUUUUGGUGAUGAACCUCAAGAUGACCAGUUUUCUCGACCGGGGUAUUCACAAACAGCACAGGUUCUACAGAUGGAGAAUGAUGUAGAUCUUGAAAUGAUCCAAGAAAGAGAAUCUGCCAUAAAGCAGCUGGAGAGUGACAUUAUGGAUGUAAAUCAGAUCUUUAAGGACUUGGGCAUGCUGGUUCAUGAACAAGGAGAGGUUUUAGACAGUAUAGAGGCAAAUGUAGAACAUGCUACAAUCCAUGUAGAAGAAGGAAACAAACAAUUGAGUGCGGCCCAAAAUUAUCAGUCAAAAGCUAGACGAAAAAAAUGUUGUCUCAUUGUUGUGUUGUUAGUUAUAUUAGCAAUUGUUGGUAUUAUAAUUGCUGUUACUGUAUCAAAUAACUAGCGAGUCCAGACAGUCUCGGACACGUAAGAAGCGAUGUAUUCUUGUGAUAUUCCUGUCAGUGAUCAUCAUCAUCAUUGCACUCAUCAUCUGGCUAGCAUCUAAAUAGAACAUGUUUGGCCGAGUUUCACUGACAACUUCCUCGGCAACAAUCUCCACUAUAGAACAGUUGUGAAUACUAGACAAACAUGACACACUAUAACGUACAGAUAAAAAUACUAGACAGCAGAAUAUAAAAACAGUUAUGUAAUAGCCUAAUGUGAAAUACUGAUGUUAUAACAUGUGAAGAAACAAUAUAGUGUCAUAUAGUAUAAUGUAAAGUUUAUAUUUAUAUAUAACAUUAUGCAUAGUGAUAAUGUAAUAACAUCAUGUUACAUUAUAUAAUGAUAAUGGUAUAAAUCAGUUAUUAGUUACAUAUAGUCUAAUAAAAAUGUCUUGUAUUAUGAAAAGGGGAACAAACAAUCAGCAAAGGAUGAUUUUAAGGUUUGUUUACUGAAAAAUAACCGACGUUUGGACUCUCAUGAGUCUUCUCCAAGUCUCUUGUGUUAUAACAUCAUGUAAAGGGAUGAUUUGAUAACAUGAUGUAACUACUUUAUAAUAUGGUAUAGAUCAGCAGUAAGUUUCAGAACAUUUCAUAAGUGCAUGUUUGAAGCUAACAAAAAUUGUUAUCUAAUGAUUAAUACUAAAUGAAUUUUCAAGGUAAAAAUAUGUUUGCAUGAAGGUAACAUUUUCAAAUUAAUCCCAUGACUUGCUAAGCCUAAGUAUUUGCAUAGAUCUGUCUAGAUACUUGAUAUUUGCAUAAAAUUCGGCAUAUUAGUAUACCUUUGCCUACAAUAUUAGGUAGGAAUGUAUAUAAAAAAUGAAAUCUGCAUAUUCUGAUCUGCAUUAAUUUUUACGUAUCAGUAUCUGAAAGACUACAUUUGAAACACCUCAAAUAUCAGAGAUAUGGAAGACUGAUAUUUUAUCCACGUUUAUUAUAAUGGCAUGUCAUAACAUUCUUGGGGUAUAUUCCACUAACUUGAUAACCAGUUUUGUGCCUGACAUAAGCUAUUCCUGCUGUCACCUUUGAAAGAUUCAGCUUUUUACUUGUAAGCCCAGUGCUGGAACUAUUUAUAGGUCUUGUUCAACAGUUAAAGUUUAGUUUUUAAGAAAAUUAUGCAUUUCUGUUUUACUCCCAGUCAUUUUUUUGCAUCCACCUGAGACCUAUCUACGGCACAUCUGCAGCCACCAGGGUAUUUGCAUUGCAGUAUAAGUGAAAAAGGUUGUGAAAUUAGUUUUUGCGUUCCAUAUAUUUUUAUUGUUUCGCACUCUUGGUACAAAACUGACUGUUUUUGCAGAGAUACAUUUAAUUGUAUAUGUACUUCUGUAGUUUACACAUGGAGAAAAGUUAAAUAUGAAAAGAUAAAAUACUACACACCAUAUUUGUGGUGUUGUCUUUCUAAAAUAUGCAAGUUUAAAGUGUUGAAAAGUGGAAAAGUUAAGGUACUUUUAUUGAAUUUGAAACUGAAAACAUUGUACCGAUAUUCUGAGAAUACAAGAUGUGACGUUUAAAUUUUCCUGUAUUGUCUCAAUUGUUAUGAAACUAUUUUAUAACUGGCAUGACUGGAGGGCCUUGUUGUAGAUGUUGUUACUAUUUAUAGAAUUGCACAAAAAAUAAUGGAAUGAAAAUUAAUAAAUAC